GAGAUUUAGGCUUCAGACAAAAACACAGACUCCUCUGCUACUGGUGUGAGCUGGGCUUUAGCCUCAAGCAACAGUGAGUGACACGUGGGUUUAUAGAUCAGGAGAGGCGAGUGUUCGGGACUAUUGGGGUUAGUCACUGGGCUGAUCAGAACCCCAGUCUCCCUCCGCUGCUGACACCUGGGCCCCGUGUAUGUGACUCACAGGAGGCGCAGCAAAGCCACCACCGCGCUGUCUGGCACUGUCACGUGACCUGCUCCUGCGUGUGGGCGUGUCCUGUACUACUUACUGACACUGAUUGGCUCUUAUCGCCCUGUCUCCACAGAAUACUGUUGCUAGGAUACACUAUACACAAUCCCGGGCUGCGGUACAUCAUGGCCACUCACUACAGCGCUAACCAGUACCAGAGCGCCUUCACUCCCAAACAACUUCACUGCUGGAGUAUUCCCAAAGAUUUCAAACAGCACCCCUCCACUCAUGAUGGUUACACCCAGUUCAUAGCCAAUGAGAGAGGCCACUUGCUUGCUGGAGUCCCCCGCUCACAGAAGAACCCAUGGGGGACCUUUCUAGGGACCUGGGAUUUGCCAACAAAAAUCCCCCCCUCCAAGUUGAGUCUGACGUCCCGCUCUGCAGAGGCUUCAAAGCGCCUCACUAAUUGGAUCCAGAACUCGGAAGAGCUGCUCCAUGCCUGCAAUGGGCUCCAGCCUCAGAUCUCGGGCAAGGCUUCCGGAAAGACAGACCCCCCGAGGGACAGCAGUCAGGGGCAGCAGGAUCCUCCUGUAGAAGAAAGCAACAAGCAGACACCCUUAUACCGAGGCAGAAGCAAAGCUGAGAGUAACAGGAGCAGCCAUAGAAGCGUCAGCUCAGAGAAAGGAGGGAUCACAGCGGGAGAUAAAGUCUUACAGGCCCAAAGCUGAGGAGACUCUCCAGUAAUAGGAAUCAUAACGGUGGGACGUGUGACUUAUUCACAGGCUGUAUCUCUGUAACAUAAAAUAGCAAAUAAAUACAUGUGCUUCUGUUA